UUACUGCACACUCUGAUGAAGCUGAAGAAGGAUGAAAAGUUGAAAAUGUUUCUGAGCCAUCUUAGCCAGGAUUUCCCAGAAUGCUUUACGAGUUUAUCUGAAGAUCCUUCUACACUGGAUAAGUUCAUGAAGAUGAAGAAAUUGUUCAAGAGUCAUAUUGAUAAUUACCCAGAAUGCACUGAGAGCAGGCAGGAGGAUCCUGAGGCCCUGUACAUAGCUGAGAAGAUGUUGGAGGCCUGUGGUAGUGAGGGGUCAUGGAAGAUCACACAUCAUAUCCUGAAGAACAUGAAGCAGAAGGAUCUCUCUGACUCACUGGAGAGAGAUGAGCAGCACAAAAAAACUAUUAAAAGAGCCCAGCAGGCACUGAAAAUUGAUCAGAAGAAGAAGGUUGAAUGCAUAUUUGAAGGUUUCGUGAAGCAGGGUCCCCCAACGCUCCUCAACGAGCUCUAUACAGAGCUCUACAUCACAGAGGGGGGAAGUGGGGCAGUCAAUACUGAACAUGAGAUCAGACAUAUUGAGGCAAUAUCAAAUAGACAGAGGACCCAGGAGACUGCAAUCCCCUGCAAUGACAUAUUUAAGCCUUUACCUGGACAAGAGAAACCUAUCAGAACUGUGCUUACAAAGGGCAUUGCUGGCAUUGGGAAAACCAUCUCUGUGCAGAAGUUCAUUCUGGACUGGGCAGAAGGAAAAGCCAAUCAGGACAUUGAUUUCAUCUUUUCUCUUCCUUUCCGAGAUCUGAAUCUAAAGAAGGAGAGAGAAUUCAGUCUGAUGCAACUUCUCCAGCAGUACUUUCCACAACUGAAAGAGAUUAAAAACAUUGACAACGAUGAAGUCAAAAUUGUGUUUAUCUUUGAUGGUCUGGAUGAGUGCCGACUUGCUCUAGAUUUCCAAAGCAAUGAGAUCUGCUGUGAUAUAACAGAGUCAUCAUCAGUAGAUGUGCUGCUGACCAACCUCAUUAAGGGGAAUCUGCUUCCCUCUGCUCUCCUCUGGAUCACCUCCCGACCAGCAACAGCCAAUCAAAUCCCUCCAGAGUGCAUCCAUCAGGUGACAGAGGUACGAGGGUUCAAGGACCCACAAAAGGAGGAGUAUUUCAGAAAGAGAAUCAGAGAUCAUAACCAGGCCAGCACAAUUCUCUCACACAUAAAGUCAUCCAGGAGUCUCUACAUCAUGUGUCACAUACCAGUCUUCUGCUGGAUUUCUGCUACUGUCCUGGAGACAAUGUUGGGUGAAACAGAGAGUGGAGAUCUGCCCAAUAGUCUGACUGAAAUGUACACACACUUCCUGCUCAUUCAGACUAAUAUGAAGAAUCAGAAGUAUCUUGGCACCAAUCGAAAGAAAAUAUCACUGUCAGAUACAGAAAUGAUCCUGAAACUGAGACAGCUGGCUUUUGUACAGCUGAAAAAGGGCAAUCUGAUAUUCUAUGAAGAGGACCUGAGAGAGAGUGGUAUUGAUGUAAAUGAAGCUUCAGUGUACUCUGGGGUGUGCACAGAGAUCUUUAAAGAGGAAUGUGGAUUAGAUCAGCAGAAAGUCUACUGCUUUGUGCAUCUGAGCAUUCAGGAGUAUCUGGCUGCCUUGUUUGUCUUUCAUUCAUUAGUAAGUGAGAACAGAAAUGUACUCAGUGCAGAUGAAUCAAAACCUUACAGUGACAAAGUGCAGCUGUCCGAGUUACACAAUAGUGCAGUGGAUCAGGCCUUAGAGAGUAAGAAUGGACAUCUGGAUCUUUUCCUCCGAUUCCUUCUUGGUCUCUCUCUGGACUACACGCAGACUCUGUUAGGAGGGCUACUGACACAGACAGGAAGCAGAUCACCUGUACCAGAGCCACUGACACAGACAGGAAGCAGAUCACCUGUACCAGACCCUCAGACACAAACAGGAAGCAGAUCACCUGUACCAGACCCACAGACACAAACAGGAAGCAGAUCACCUGUACCAGGCCCACAGACACUGACAGGAAGCAGAUCACCUGUACCAGGCCCACAGACACUGACAGGAAGCAGAUCACCUGUAUCAGACCCACAGACAAGAAGUAGAUCUGAUAGUAACUCUAUUUUUACUUUCUUUAAAAAAUUACUGCCAUGGACAGGAAGCAAAUCAACUGUACCCGACCCACAGACACAGACAGGAAGCAGAUCAGAGAGCAUUGAGAAAACAGUCAAGUACAUUAAGAUGAAGAUCAGAGAGGAAUCUUCAGCAGAGAGGACCAUUAAUCUGUUCCACUGUCUGAAUGAACUGAAUGACAAUUCUCUAGUGGAGGAAAUCCAAAAUUCCCUAAGAUCAGGAACACUCUCUGAUAAAGAGCUGGAACCACACCAAUGUUCAGCUCUGGCCUUUGUGUUACUGAUGUCAGAGGAGAGCCUGAUUGAGUUUGACUUGAAGACCUACAACACAUCAGCAGCAGGUCAUCAGAGACUGCUACCAGUAGUCAGAAUCUGCAGGAAGGCCAUACUGAACAGCUGUGAACUCACAGAGAAGUCCUGUGAUAUUGUGGCCUCAGCUCUCCAGUUACCAAACUCACCUUUGAGAGAUCUGGACCUCAGCUACAACAACCUGGGAGAUUCUGGAGUGAAGCUGCUCUGUGCUGGACUGAUGAGUCAAAACUGUAAACUCCGGAGACUGGGGUGAGUAGUGAUCUGUA